AAUGGAGCGGCCUCCCCAGCCCGGCCGGCGGCGCGAUGAUCGCGGUGUCCAUCCCCGCGGUGGGGCCGGGGGCCGGGGCCGAGCCCGAGCCGAGCCCGGAGAAGACGCACACGGUGUUUACAGUGGAGGUGCUGUGCAAUGGCCGUAAACAUACCAUUGAGAAGCGCUACAGCGAGUUCCAUGCCCUGCAUAAAAGGAUAAAGAAGAUGUGCAAGGUCCCAGAUUUCCCCCCCAAGCGAGUCCCCAACUGGAUGUCGAAGGUGCAGGAGCAGCGGCGGCAGGGCCUGGAGGUUUACAUUCAGGGCAUCCUGUACUACAACAAGGAGCUGCCUAAGGAACUGCUGGACUUCCUGAAGCUCAGGCACUUUCAGCAGGAUGCCAAGGCCAGCAGCCUGGACCACAGCUUCCUGCUCUCCCACCGGCCGGUUAUGAUCUUCCACAAAGACCCAUAUGUGCUUCCCUCACCUACAGAGCUGCUGCCAGACAUAGUUCUGAGUGGUGUGUUGCGAGGCUUCUACAGACCAGCAAGCUCCUGCUGGGGGAAGGCAGCCCCAAAGUGCUUGGCAGAGCCCCAAGUGCUUAGCCAGCAGGGCUCAUGAGGGUAUCCACCACACAGCCAUUGCUCAGGCUUCACCAGUACCACUACUGGAGUGGGAGCACUGCUCGGUUGUCCUAUCUAGGGAUUGCUCCCGUAUCUCAGUGGCUGUGCCUUCCUUUCCCCUGGGACUUGUUCCUGCCUUCCCACGCAUGGGGUGGACAAAAGGGGGAGAUGCUGCUGAGCCUGGGGGCUGGUGCCUAACACACACGGAGAUUGGGCUGGAAGCUCCUGAGGGUCUGUUCUCAGUGAACACUUGUAACGAAUGGGGCAGCUGUCAGGCCAGACCCUAACUGCUCCAGCAGUGCUGUCUCUGGCCAUAGCAAGUGGAAGUGCUGCCGCCUGCACUAUGGCUGGGGUGGCCAGGCUCCUUGCCAGUGCUUAUGGCUACCCAUAGCUGUAGCUGUGGCUGCAGCUCCUGCCCCUGCCAGGCUAGAUAGAGCCUAUGGGGGUGGGGGGAGAGAAGGAGAUGGUGUCCCAGACCCAUGCAGAGCCCCAGGAUUGGCCUCCUGCAGGCUAAAGGGAGCUGUACAGAUGUAUAUAGGCAAUAAAUCACUCAGGUCUGGUUUGAAGAUGGCUGCUGCACUGUGUUUAUCUGGGACUAGAACCUAGGGCCCAUAAACUGUGUGUGACACAUGCC